AUGGCCUUGGAGGGUGCCGCCGUUGCGGCCUCAGCCACCUUUGGCUGCAGCGCCAUGGGUGUGGCAGUGUACUCCAACCUGGUGACCUUCCUCAAUGCCCAGCGCGAGAAGAACGAGGCCCUGGGGGAGGACGCGCCCGACUGUGCUGCCCGCAUCAUCGACCUGGUGGCGAAGACCAGCCGGCAGGUCUGCGAGACGCCGGAACUCAUGCGAGCGGCGUUCACAGACCCGCUGGAGGAGCUGAGGAAGGCUGGGCAGGAGCCGCACAUGCAGCUCGCCAGCCGCACGGAGUACUCGGUCCAUGGUGCGGAGCUGUUGAGCGGGUACGUGACCUUCGAUGGCGAGGUCUUGAAGGUGGGCCAAGCGGUCUCGGCGGUGGUGCCUCUGUUGGCUGUCGCGGGUGCGCAGGUGGAGCGCGACGGCAAGACGCUGACGGUCAUUCCGAAGCAGGCCCCUGCCUUGGUUCUGCAGUUGGAGGACCAAGAGCAGGCCGAGCAGUGGCAGACCCGGCUGGGUACGGCCUCCAACAAGCACCCGGAUCCUGUCGAUCGCCUGGAUCGUGUGGUGAGCCAGGCUCACGAGUUGAUGAAGCAUCUCUCUGACCUCCGGGCCCAGAUGAAGAGGCCGGCAAGAGCGCACCACACCCACAAGUCCGAGGAGCAUGGUCAUGGCAACGGUCAUGGCCACGGUCAUGGCCAUAGUCAUUGCGAGGAUCACGACCAUGGCGGCCAUGGCAGUCACGGCAGCCCAUCCCAUGGUGCAGCGGGGCACGGCGCAGAGCACUCGUCGCCGAAGAAGGUGGCGUCGGCUCCCGAGCCCGCGCGCGACAGUCGCGCCGAGGAACUCGAGGAGACGAAGCACCUCCUGAUGGUGGCACAGUGCAGAGAAAGCGCCCUUCAGCAACAGGUCGCGGGUCUGCAGGCCGAGUUGGCAGCUGCGGCCAAAGCCACCCUGGCUCUCAAGGCGGAGUUGGACCUGGCAAGGCACCAGGCAGACGGCCAGGAGCUGUCUCCAUCUUCUGCCGACCGCGGGCAGGAUCCCGCCAUGGUGAAGCUGAAGAUGAAGAUGCACACAGCUCAGGAGGUGCAGGCGACGGCCAUCGGCGAGCUGCAAAAGGAGCUUCAGUCCUCUCGGGAGGAGCUGGAGACGGAGCGAUCUGAACGUGCGAAGCAGACGGUUAUCGUCAGCGACUUGCAGAGAAAGCUCCGCAAGUCCGAGGAGGACCUGCGCUUCUCCCGGAAGCAGGAAGCGGAGCUCCGUGGCCAGCAGCGCGAGAGGAAGACACUUUCGAGCCAGGAGGUGCAGGCGAUGAGGGCGCACCUGCAGUCGCUGCAGCGCCGCAGCCAGGAGGAGGAGCCCUCGGGUGAGGCCUUCGAGAAGCAGCUCAAGGAGAUGACCAGGAAGAUCAAAGACAGCAGCCCCAGCCGGUCUCCAGCGAGGAGUCACCGGCCGGUGCUGGAUCAGCUGGAGCAGGCGGCGGAGGAGAAUCAGAGUCGCUCCGAGAGGUCACCGAAGCCGGGCUCGUAUCGGUCGCCAAGCGGCCCUGCGAUGUCGCAGAGAUCGCAGGUGCUGCAUUCGCCGCUGCGGCGGCCCUCUACAGUAGCUCUCGCGGGAGCUGGCGACCUCCACAGCACCGAAAGCGCGCAGACUCUCACUUUCGAGGACUUCAAGGUGAUUGGUCCCCCCCAGGGGCAGCUACCCGCCCACACACAGGUGCUCGCGGCUCCCCAGCCGCAACGUCAGGUCUUAGCUCCUCCCCAAGCGCUUAAGCUGCCUGCGCCGGCAGAGACCUUGUCGUCGAACAUGUUCCUCGCGCCAAGUCAAGGCUUGUCCCCGGAACCGACACUCGGCGGUUUGCCGUUCUGGCUCUCUGCGGAUCUGUCCGCUCAACAGUUCGCCCCGGUCUUGGCGACGCCUCCACACCCGAGCUCGGUACAGCUGCCGGUAGGAUCUCCAUCCAACUUCGCGGGGCAGCUACUGGCACCUGCGAGCAAUGGGCCUAUGCUGGGCAGCUGGCUACCUACAACCUCCUCGGGCGCCGGCGCCACCCCUGAGCGGCCUAGCUCCAUGAGAUUGCCGCCGAACCGGGCAUCGCCUGCAAGGCUGACCCCGGCACGCGCCGCGACGCGGCUUGCGGGCCAAGGACUGCCCCGCGAGCCAAUCGUCCCUAUCUGA